AUGAAGCGUGCGUGGUCCAUUGGCGUCUUCGUGCUCGCUAAUUGGGGCGUCGUCGCGAAUGGAUGGGGUAGCGUCAGCGAUAGAGGCCUGCAAACUGUUGUCAGUGUAUACGAGUCGGGCUCGCAACCCGCCAGCAGCGUUGUCAUAACGAGGGAGCUCGAGUGCAGUUUCAACGAUGCCCAGGCAUGCGGGAGAAAUGGCAAUAAUGGCGUUGACGUGGCAACAAACUGCACGAAUUACGACUCGGGAUGGGACACGAGCGGGUCGAUCAGAGAAGCUUUUGGGAGCCACCCUUACCUUGUCGUGGAGGAGUACGAUCCGAGCACCAGAUACUGCGGAGACGGUGACGGGGUGAUCAAUGCCACCGCGUACCUUGUCGACGAGAAGUGCCACACCAGUCGUGAUGGCGCCGCGAGCACCAAGAUCACGCUCGGGCGGUCACUGACCAUCGCACAAUAUAGCGACCCAGUCUGUGGACGCGUGGAGAGCGAAGCGGAGGUGCCUUUCGGCGACUACUACGACAGAGCGUGCUCAAACAACGCCACUAGGUACUUGUACAAUGGACCAACGCCACCAAUGAGUGCGGUGGCUGUGUAUAAAGACAGCUCGUGUUCUCAAGCACCUGUGAAGCUGACCGCUGAGCGGGACCCGUGGAUCGGUGGCUGUCGACCGGACGGCAACUCGCACUACUCCGUGUCGAGCUGUACCAGUGACUACAAUGAACUCGCGGCUGCUGUUUUCGGUGACGAGACACCGUAUGCGGUGGUGGAGGAGUACCUGAGAGACUAUUGUGCUGGUGGUAGAGCAAAUUCGGCUACAGUUUACAUCAUGGACAAUGCCUGUCACACUAAUCCAGAGGAUGCAUCGAGCUAA